AUCUACUUCAACAUUAUACACCUAUCUACUUCAAAAUUCUACAGCCAUAUACUUCAACACACCGCUCACAGUCGAGGCUCGUUUAAAUUCUAUGUUAAAAUAUUAAGACCUUUCCUGAGAAUAACCAGCCAGAAGAAUAUCGACAUACAUCUGCGAAAAUGUGCGAUAGAGAUCUUAGUUCGUUCAAGUACACUUGCGGUCACAUCAUAGAAAGAAAGCCAUUAUUGAGGCCCUGCAAGGAUAACUGUGGCAAAUGGAAGGAUAACAACCUCGGCUCCCGAUCGGUGAAGGUGCCGUGCGAUGCUUGUUUGGCUUAAUGAGGGAAGAAACUAUGAUAUAGUUGGGGUGUACACAGGCGUACACAGGCUUGGGUCCAUUAUCAGACCAACAUUCGUUUAACCUGUAUGCGAGCUGGGGAGUACACAGGCGUACACAGGCUUGGGUCCAUUAUCAGACCAACACUCGUUUAACCUACAUGCGAGCUGGGGAGUACACAGGCGUACACAGGCUUGGGUCCAUUAUCAGACCAACACUCGUUUAAACUGUAUUCGAGCUGAAUUAAAGUGUGUACUAUAUAAGUAAUUGAAGACGU